CCCCCAGGAGUCCUCGGGGCGGCCGGGGUCCCCACCAGGCCUGGCGGGACCAGGAUGCUGCUCCCUCUCCUGCUCCCCGGCCUCACCCGACGCCCCCACCCACCCGAACACCCAGUCUGACUGGAGACAGCCGAAUGCCAGUUGACCCUGGGCCCGAGGUGGGCAGUGGCUGGCCAGGCCUCCUCAUGUCCUGCCUGAAGGGCCCCCAUGUCAUCCUCAAGAUGGAGGCCAUGAAGAUUGUUCACCCUGAGAAGUUCCCCGAGCUGCAGGCGGCUGCCCCUUGCUUCCCACCUGCACCGCGGCCCACCCCUGCCCUGGCACCCAAACGCGCCUGGCCCUCAGACACAGAGAUCAUCGUCAACCAGGCAUGUGGGGGGGACGUGCCUGCCUUGGAAGGGGCACCCCGCACCCCUCCCUUGCCGCGACGGCCCCGCAAGGGCAGUGUGGAGCUGGGCUUUCCCCGAGUGGCGCCCGCGGACGAGGUCAUCGUGAAUCAGUACGUGGUGCGGCCUGGCCCUGCCACCUCGGGCCCCCCGGCCACGGCGGCACCAGCUUCAGGUGAGCCCCUGGAGUGCCCGACCUGCGGGCACACGUACAACGUCACCCAGCGGCGGCCCAGAGUGCUGUCCUGCCUGCACUCUGUGUGUGAGCAGUGCCUGCAGAUCCUCUAUGAGUCCUGCCCAAAGUACAAGUUCAUCUCCUGUCCCACCUGCCGCCGCGAGACGGUGCUCUUCACGGACUAUGGCCUGGCUGCGCUUGCCGUCAACACGUCCAUUCUGAGCCGCCUGCCACCUGAGGCGCUGACCGCCCCGUCCGGUGGCCAGUGGGGGGGUGAGCCGGAGGGCAGCUGCUACCAGACCUUCCGGCAGUACUGUGGGGCCGCGUGCACCUGCCACGUUCGGAACCCGCUGUCCGCCUGCUCCAUCAUGUAGCACCCACCUGCUCGCCACUGCCCGCCAGUCCUUGCUCGCCGCUUCUUCAGGGAUCCGGCCCUGCCCCGUCGCCUGUUGACCCCUCACCCACCACAGCUUCUGGUCCCUACCUGUGUGGCAUUGUCGCUGCAGCCAGCUCUGCCAUUAAA